AUGGGUGAAAACAAUUUUGACAUUGAACAAGAACUCUGUAAAUUCGUUCGUGACGGUAGAUCGAUUGAAUUCGAUGAAUAUCUUCAUAUACACUCUGAUGUUUCCAAUCUCCUUACAACAAUAAUUCAACAACACAAUGAAUAUUUUACUCUACUAAUGUUGGCCGCUCUCAAUGGACAUGAUGAAGUGGUGCGUCUGUUACUUAGUCAUUCUCCUACUGGAAUCGAAGUUGAGGGAUCUGUGUACGAUUCUGAAGGAAAUUUCGUAGAACAUAUAACCGCAUUAUGGUGUGCUCUUGAUCGUGGUCACUUCGAAGUGGCACGUACUCUGAUUGAUUUUGGUGAAGCUGAUGUCAACCAUGGUCCAUAUUAUCCAUUGUUAAUUGAUGCUAGUAAAAAAGGACGACUCGACAUUGUUCAAUUCUUAGUUGAGAAUGGAUAUGCUGAUGUCAAUCAAACAAUAACAAAUGAUGCAAACAAAUACAGUAGUCUGAUUCUAUCGGCCCAUUAUGGUCACAAAAAUGUUGUCGCUUAUCUCCUAGAUAUAGGUGCUGACAUUGAAUAUAGGGCACACGCUGAGCAAAAUACAGCACUGACUACGGCCGCUAGAGAAGGUCAUUUGACAAUAAUACAACUGUUGUGCUGGGCAGGGGCAUCUAUUAAUGUCAAAAAUCACAAUGGAAAAACGCCUAUGAUGUUGGUAGCUGAGAGAGAUGCAUUUGAAGCGAUUGAUUUUUUACUCGAAUAUAUUCAUGAUGAGACAACUUUUGAUGAUCUUGAACUCGUUGCUUCCUCAUAUAUAACUUCCAAUAAUGUUAUUACACUCGAUGAACGUCAACGAAUGGUUCUCGAACAAACAACAGCCAGUAAUGAAGAUCGUCGAUCCAUUAUUAUAUGGAUUAGAAAACUAUGUCAAAAGCAAUACACAACGACAGAAGGACAAAAUUUAUUACAUAUGAGCGUUAAUCCCCAGACAUGCUACGGUAUUAAUUAUCGACCAACCGACAUCAUUCAAGUACUUCCGUUUCCCAAUUUGGAUUCUACUCAGCUUCUUCUUGCGUAUGGACAACAAUGGAUCGAUGUGAAUGCUAGGGAUCAAAAUCGUAGUGAUACUGCUCUACACAUCGUUUCUCGUAAUUUUGAUCAAAAUAUUAAAGAAAAUGUCAUGAAAAUAAUAGAAAUUCUUCUCAAUGCAAAUGCUCAUAUUGAUUAUGUUAAUUAUCAUGGAAAAACACCUUUUGAUGAAGUUGUUGACACUGACAUACGAUUUCUUUUACAAUCAAAACAUAAACUUCCACGACUCAAAUGUCUUUGUGCACGUCUUAUUACUAUCCAUCAAAUUACCUACGAUCAUGUGUGGCCUAAGCCAACGGCAUUGACUAAUUUUGUACAAUUGCAUAAUGUUCUACCGUCAGAAGAUGAAAUGGGUUUUGGUUUAUUUGACUAA